AUGCAGGAGGACCACUCUUUGGAGGAACUCAGGUCAGCUGUUAAAUCUGAACUAGAAAAGAAGGGAAUUUUGAGUGAAAUUAGGGCUAGGUUGAUGGCAGAAAUUUUGUAUUCUUUGACAGAGGAGGUAAGGAAAAAUGUAUCAAAGAAGCUUGGAGAAUUCAUACUAUUUAAAUAUUACUUUCAGAAUGACGAGAACAAGGAUAAUUUGAACAAUAUUUCAGACGAGAAUCUGAUCUUAAAUUCAUUAAUUUAUGACUAUUUGGUAUAUAAUGGCUAUCAGAGUACAGGGAAAGUAUUAUUAAAGGAGUCAAAGAUGGACUCUGAAUCAAAGGAAGGGAAAAGUGAAUACACCAAUGAGAAACAGAUUUUAAGCACUGAGGAGCUGAAAAGUAUCCUAAGGGUUGAAGAUAAUAGUGACCUUCCGAUUUUAUACUCUUUGAUAAAGUGA